AUGCAACGCUCAGCUUUAUUAGGAUUUGUCGUCUUGGCUUUACAUGAAUUGUCUGUUGAAGCCCUUCCAUCAGCUUCGAUCUCUGCAUCAGCAUCUGCCUCUGCAUCGGCAUCAGCCAGCGCCUACUCGUCGACCUCCAGUACUGGUGGUACUAAGCUUUGCAAAUGCGAGGACACUGGAAAACCCAUUCCUUGCAAACCGGGCCAAACUCCCACCAUAACCAGUCCUACGGGUACGCCUCCAAACCCUUCACCACCAAUCACUAGCGGGGGUAGCGACGAUAGCUACACAGGCGGCUCUCCAUAUCCAAGCAACGCCAGUCAAAAUGUGCCCGAUACGAGUACUCCUCCCUCGGGCCCGGGGAGCGCUAGCGGAUAUCCUUCACCACCAGUUAUCACUAGCGGGGGUAGCAAUUAUCCUUCAACACCACCAAUCACUAGCGGGGGUAGCGAUUAUCCUUCCACACCAUCUACCACUAGCGGGGGUAGCGGAUAUCCUUCACCACCAGUUAUCACUAGCGGGGGUAGCGAUUAUCCUUCAACACCACCAGUCACUAGCGGGAAUAGCGAUUAUCCUUCCACACCAUCUACCACUAGCGGGGGUGGCGAAUAUCCAACAGGGAGCUAUCCGAAGUCAAGCAACGCUGGUCAAAAUUUGCCCAAUGUGAAUGCUCCUGCCUCAGGCCCGGGGGGUGGUAUCGACAACAGCUACACAGGCAGCAAUCCAUAUCCAACUAAUAGCAACACCACUCAAAGUUUGCCCGGUGGAAAUGCUGGCUCAAGUCUUAACCCGCCAACGGACAGCGCAACAUAUCCAUCAGGUGACAAUUCACCGGUCGGUAAUGAAUGUGACGAAGAUUCUGGAUCAUACCCUGGCAAUGAUUCCGUCAUGAAAUCCAAUCUCACCAAUGGACCAUCUGGUCCUGGUGGUGUUUCAUCUGGAGACCUGGGCUCCUCAAAAGGCUGCCCAACCAAAGAUAACGGUACCACCACAGCCACACCCAACAGUCCUUCAAGCUCACCUUAUCCUUCUGGAAACACUAGCACGCCUACACCCGCUGGAAACUCGACCAGUCCAUACCCAGACGGUGACCCAGACAUAACUUCGCCUACUAGCAUGGGUUUGCGUGUCAUGGGCAGUGCCACUGGCUUAGCUGCAUGUGCUUUCAGUAUUGCCUCAGGACUGGCAGUCUUGUUUGUUUGA